GGUUGUUAUUUUUUUGGUCUCACCAACUGUCAUCAACAAUUUCUAUUUAACCUUCAAUGUACCAUACCAUGCAAUCUUUUUGGAGACUUUUUAUGACGUCUGUGGAGGAAGAUAACAAUGUCAUCGACCACGGUCACAUAAGAGAAAUACACCCAAUAACCCAUAAUAAUUACAACGUCAACGACGACAGUGGCGACGACGACGACGACGACAUAAAUUUGAGGAUGCCCCUCCAUGAUUCUGAACCGGAGGCCACCCUCCCUUCUCCUUCACCUUCACCGCCGUCACCUUUGCUGUAUUGGGUUAAAUUGGGGGUGUCUAUCAUAUGCCUUAGCAUUUUGGGUUUUGUUGUUAUCAAUUGGGUUGGACCAUUUUUCAUUCAAAAGGUGUUUAUUCCAGUAAUAAUUUGGCAGAGAGACACAUUCACCACAUCGGAGUUAGCUAUUUAUGUGUUUGCUUCUAUAGCACUAUUUCCUACCAUAUUUUUACCAUCCUCACCAUCAAUGUGGGUUGCUGGAAUGACAUUUGGUUAUUUUUUUGGUUUCUUCCUAGUAAUGUCUGCAGCAUCUGUGGGAGUAUCACUUCCUUUUUUCACUAGCAAAAUGUUCCAUCAUAAAAUUGAAGAAUGGUUAGACCAAUAUCCAAAAGAAGCUUCUGUUUUAAGAUCAGCUGGUGGAGGAAAUUGGUUUCACCAGUUUAGAGCAGUUGCUUUAAUCAGGGUUUCUCCAUUCCCUUACAUGAUCUAUAACUAUUGUGCUACUGCAACAAAUGUUCAAUAUGGUCCUUACUUGUGUGGAUCUUUGGCAGGAAUGUUACCAGAAGUAAUUGCUUCGAUUUACACCGGAAUUCUGAUACGGGCAUUGGCUAAUGUCUCACACAAAACACAUGGAUUAUCUGCUCCACAAAUUGCCUUCAAUGUUGUUGGCUUCUGCAUAGCUGUAGCUACAACAAUAUUUUUCACAAUCUAUGCUAAGAGGCGGCUCAACGAGUUGCGACAAGAGGAAGAACUGCAGUCAUUGAUAUAAUCAGUAUGGCUCAUAGUAUAUUGAUUGAUGCAUACUGCAAAAUUGGAUGAGAUCUUACUACUUGAGUAACAUAAGAGGUGUGGAAAGGGUUACUGAACAAGAUUACACAACAAAUUUUUCUUCUUCCUUUUGUUGUCUACAAUGACACUCUUCUUUUUUGGUCCUUCCAUAUCACUGACUUUUAUAUGAAUUAAAUUUUCAUUUCAACGGUGAUUGCGUGGAGGAUCAGAACCAUGUAUAUAUGAGUCUAAAAUAAUUUGUUUCUUCCAUUUUACCUU